CAACGCUCAGACCGAAGGUUCCCGACGAAAGCUGUCGGUUCCAGGCCACAAUGGAGAUUCCGGUAUUCACCGUAGACGCGUUCGCUCGCCUGCCGUUCCGUGGGAACCCCGCCGCAGUGUGUCCUCUCGCGCAUGGGUUGAGUGAUGAGUUGUAUCAGAAGAUCGCGGCAGAGAUGAACCUGUCAGACACUGCGUUCAUCACCAGACUCGACCCGUCUGACAGUUUCACCACAGGAUCAAAGUUCAGCCUCCGAUGGUUUACACCAAAAACAGAGGUUAAUAUGUGUGGCCACGCCACUCUGGCCUCUGCAGCCGUUCUCUUCCAGCACAAACAAAACACUAAUUCCACAGUAGUGUUUGAGACCAGGAGUGGCGCCCUGUCCGUCAGCCGCCAGGGCAGAGGCUACGUCAUGGACUUUCCUCUCAGCCCCCCCACUGAGCAGGAUCCCAAUGACUUCAGAGACGUUAUCAAGGAAGCAGUUGGAACCCACCCAGUUCAGGACGUUUCCCUGUGCUCCACCACGAAGAACCUCCUGGUGCGACUGGCCGACAGCUGUGACAGGUCAGUGCUGACCAGCCUGAACGUCAACCCCUUCACUCUGCAGAUCAGUGAGCGGAGCGGGAGAGUCAUGGGAGUAAUUGUCACCGUCAAAGGAUCUAAAGACGAGCAGCCGGGAUACGACUUCCUGUCCAGGUACUUUGCUCCGUGGUACGGUGUUCCUGAAGAUCCCGUCACUGGUUCUACCCACACGGUACUGGGCAGCUACUGGUCAGAGAAACUGGGCAAAAAGAAAAUGCUGGCUUACCAGUGCUCCAGCCGAGGCGGCGAGCUGCAGCUGGAGGUGAGAGACGAUGGGAGGAUCACCAUGGCUGGACAGACGGUCACGGUGCUGCAGGGAACCAUCACGCUGCAGCUCCCAGCACACGGGGAGAGGAAUGUGUGAUAAAAAGCAGUGGUUGAAUACAAGCAAACUACACUAAUGUCUGCACUGAUCAAUCUGAUGCUCUAAAUAUUAGUAGAAAUUUUUCUAUUUGUGUCAAAUCUCUGUGUAGUAAUUAUGUUGUCUGUUUUUACAGUUUCACAUCUGUAAAACAUGUUGUUCUAAUGAAGUGGUGGAAUAUGUUGUUUCAAUGGAAUUUAUAUGAAGAUGAAAAGUUAAUCUGAGCUCCUGCUUUAGAUCUGCCUCAGUGUCUUCAUCAAAAUCUUUUGAUCUGCUUUUGAUUUUGGCUCUGUUUACUUUUAAUCUGUACAAUCUCUUUUCUUGACUAAAACGAGGCUGCAGCAUACGUCCUGAUCUCACAGCGGGGCACAGAUGAUUGUUUCAUUAUUUCAGUGGUUUAUUUUGUUCCAUCGCGUCCUCAGCAGCCAAACACACACCAGCAACAACUUUAUGCCUUUAGAUUGUUUGUAAUAUUGUAUCAUUUUGUAACAUCAAGCUUUGUAGUAUGUGAAUAAAUAAUUCCAUCAUG